UAAUUCCGAAAUGCGAGUAGUGAGAAGAGGAACGAUAGAUUUCAUGUAUUCAGUCCAGGAAGGAGAAUAUAGGGUCGAACUUAAAGUGAAUUCAGUAAAAGUGGCAAUUAAAGUUUUAUUGCUUUUGAAAAAUCCGUGAUAACAGUAAUUUUUUUAAUCAUAACCAUUGCCGAAGUUAAUCUGUACGCAUGUAUUUUGAAUUUGGAAGAAGAACGUGCAACUGAGACUGAGUAUUUUGAGUGAUUUUGAGAUUAUGUUGUGCUCAGUACUGUAUUCUAAAGACAUGGGCUCAGGGAAAAACUAUUCACCAAACAUUUACAGGAUAUUUUCAUCACUCUGGGUCUUUGUGUAUGCUGCAGACAACCAUCUGGCAGGAGUCAGUGCUAGUACAGCAGAUGUAGAAAAUCAUCUUCAUCUUGGAAUGCAGCUUCUGGCAAGAGGACAAUACAGUGAUGCCCUUUCACACUAUCAUGCUGCAGUUGAUGGAGACCCAUCAAAUUAUUUAACCUAUUUCAAGAGAGCAACAGUUUACCUUGCACUUGGAAAAUCUAAGGCUGCUCUGGAAGACCUGAACAAAGUUAUAGAACUUAAGUCAGAUUUUUUAGCAGCUCGUUUGCAAAGAGGGAAUAUUUUAUUAAAACAAGGAAGACUAGAAGAAGCUCAUAUUGAUUAUGAAUGGGUGUUAAGGCUAGAUCCUUUGAAUGGAGAUGCACAAAGAGCGUAUGGGGAUCUUGAGCCUGUAAAACGUGAUAUGGAAUUAGCCUACAUCUUAAUAGAAGACAGGGAUUACAUAGCUGCCAUUGAUGUUCUGACGAGGCUUCUACAGGUAUGCCCCUGGGAUGGAAAACUGAGGGAAAUGAGAGCUGGUUGUUAUGAAGCAUUAAAUGACCUUGUGAAUGCAAUCGGAGAUUUAAGGUCAGCAACUAAGAUGCGUUCUGACAACACUGAGGGAUACUUGAAACUUAGUCAGCUUCAUUACAAACUAGGCGAAGUUGAUGAAUCAUUAACGGUGAUACGAGAGUGCCUGAAAUUAGAUCCUGACCACAAACAGUGCUUUAAACAUUAUAAAAAAGUUAAAAAAUUAGCAGCGCAGUUAAGAGCCAUGCAAGACUCCAUUAGCCAGAAUGAUUAUACAAGCUGUGUAGAAAAAGCUAAUGUAGCUCUUACAACAGAGCCAGAAAUGCUGCAUAUAGUGCAACAUAUUAAAGGUCGAAUGUGUCAUUGCUUAAAUAAGGGUGGACAGCCUUCUGAGGCAAUCAGCAUUUGUUCAGAAGCUUUAAAACUAAAUGCAGAAGAUGUUAAUGCCCUCUGUGAUAGAGCAGAUGCUUACUUAUUAAAUGAAGAUUAUGAUAAAGCAAAGGAAGAUUUUCAGCAUGCAGUAAAUAUUGAUGAGCAUUUACAGAGAGCCAAAGAAGGUUUAGAAAAAACUCAGAAGCUAGUCAAACAAGCCAAGAAAAGGGAUUAUUACAAAAUACUUGGAGUCAGAAGGACAGCAGGUAAGAGAGAAAUUAUGAAAGCUUACAGAAAACUGGCUAUGAAAUGGCAUCCAGAUAACUUUCAAGGAGAUGAAAAAAAGACAGCUGAGAAAAAGUUCAUUGACAUUGCUGCAGCCAAAGAAGUUUUAACAGAUCCAGAAAAAAGACAGAAAUUUGACAAUGGCGAAGAUCCUCUUGACCCUGAUUCCCAACAAGGACAAGGUUUCAAUCCAUUUGCUCAUGGUUUCAAUCCAUUUCAAGGAGGAUUUCAUCAAGGAGGUGGACCAUUUACCUUCAAAUUUCAUUUCAACUAAAGACUAUUUGUUAUUGUUGUACAAUUCAGUUUCCUCAGUUUUCUGGUCUGAUUAUUGAAUUCUGUGGAGCAUUCAGAAUGAAGCCCUUGAAAUCAUUUGAAGAUCUUAAAAUCAACAUGAUUGGGCUAUAAGUUGUUUUAAAAGUAAGUCUAGGAAAAUUUUUGAAACAUUGUAACUUGAAAAAUUUGUAGAAUGACACCAUAUUGUAAAUUUUGUACAGAAAAAUUAAUCUGAAAUAUCAAAGCUUUAUUUGGUUCACACAGUGAGUGGGAUUUGUUAAAAUUGUUUACAUAAGGUUUUGCAUCUACACAAAGUUGGUGGGAGUUCAAUAAAUCUGCCCCCCCCCCCUUUUUAGACAACUGAUUUAAUAUAAACAAAACAAUUUUUUUUUUUUAAAC